AUGGAGACGACAAAGACUACGAAAACCGCUACUGCUGCUCAGUCGAAGUCCCUGGAUCCGGCAACCGGCGACAGGCUCAGCUCCCUGCCGGACGAAAUCCUCUCCCACAUCCUCUCCUACCUGCCUACCAAGCACGCCGUCGGCACCGCCGUCCUCAGCCGACGGUGGAAGGAUCCCUGGACUAUGGUCUCCAAUCUCGAUUUCGACAACCGCCUGGUUCACAAAUCCAGGCUCGCAGGGAUCCACAGAAGAGACUCGGAGUUCUGCCGCUUCGUCGACAGGGUUCUCGCCCAGCACAAGAGCCUGAAUUCCCUUCGGCGAUUCCGCUUCCACCUCUCGGUGAGCUACUGCAACUUCGAGCCGAGUCGAGGUUUCUGGAGCACGAUGGAACCGGAGUUCGGGUCCCAGCUCGAGGAAAUCGAUGUGAAGCUCGAGAGCGACGAUCGAUUUGGGGCCUUCCGGAAGCUAUUGCCGCCUCCGGUGAGUCUCUACACUUUGGGGAGUCUCAGAGUUUUGAAGCUCGCCGGCGUUGCUAUCAUGAUGAGUACUACCCACGACUCUGUUUUUCUCCCUAGUCUAGAAAUCUUGCAGCUUUUGCUGGUGAGGACUAUGGAUUGUGAGUCAUUGCACAUGCUCAUUUCUGGUUGCCCUGUUUUAGAGACUGUUCAUAUAGAGAAUUGCUACUUCUUAGACGAAACCGAGAAAAAAACACUCAUUGCUGUCUUACCAUGCUUGAAGAACCUGAAGAUUAUCAACUACUAUGAGAGUCAUUGUAAUCCGUUGUCUCCCAUUGCGGUCGAAGCACCGAGUCUUGAGCAUCUUCAUCUUGAGAACUCUACAAUGCUACCCUUUAUGGGCGGUAGUCCGUUGUCAUGCCUUCAUUCAGGGUGGGUUGAUAUUGGUGAUCGACAAAGCUUGCUUGAUGAUCAUCGUAGCAUGAUUCGGUUGCUCCCUCAAAUCUCCGAUAAUGCAAAGGAGAUAUACUUAUCUAGGAAGACUAUUGUAAGUAUCACUCUUCUCUUUUCCCCCAUGGAUAAUUAUAAGAAUUGGUUGAUGAGAAAGAGCUGA